AUGUAAAAUUAUGCAAUACUUAUAAUAACUUUACUAAGUUUCAUUUUAGUAAAAUUAAUAUUAGUAAAAUUAAAAAUAAAAAAGAGAAUUAAGAAUUUAAAGCAUCCAAUUGAAUAAGCUAGAAGAUUUAUAAAAGGAAAAUCAGAUUAAUAAUUAAUGUAGAAAAUGCAGUAAUUCCCAGGAAUAAUAAAAUUAAACAGGUAAAAAGCUAUGAAAAUAUAAUAAUAAUAAUAAUCAAGCUGUUGUAAUAUAAAGGAAAUGGUUGAUAUAAUAGAAUACAUAGCAAUAUUGAUUGGUAUUUUAGAAUUGAAGAAAGAGUAACAAUUAUUAAUUGAUUCAUUAUUAGAGACAGUAAACAUUGAAUUAAAAUAAUAUUAAACAGUUGGUUCUGAAUAUUUAUAGACCAAACAAGAGUAAUUUGAAAUUCAUAAAUUGUACAAAAGAAAAGUUUGA